CAGGGUUUGUCCAGGGGCGGAAGCGUGGUCGGGAGGCAGGAGAGAGUCGUCGUAGUCCGGGGGCAAGCGAGGAGUCGAGAACCAGGAAGCACGAGGAAGACAGGGAAGAUCUAGGAGCGCACGACACACAGCGUGACUCGGGGACACACACAGGGAGCUGCGGGGUUAGGGAGGACACGACAAUUAGCGCAGGGAACAAAACACAGAGAUCAGGAUCACAAAGGCAACUAGGAAGCUGGAGACGAGCUUACGAUGGCGGCCAAGCUUUACUAUGGAACAAAGAAGUCAAGCGAACACGGUUGGAUUGGACGACACAUACGAAGUACAGUGUAUUAUGCAGCGAACAUUUCGAAAGAUCAUGUUUCGAAGAGGGUCCCUUGCGAAUGGCAGAAAUGGGAAUCAGCACUCGUCGACUCGUGCUGAAGAAAGGUGCGAAGCCAACUAUUUUCGAUAGACCACGGACAAGUCCGGAGCACCCGACCCCCUCCACAAGCGGACAGACUGGGCACAUGAGGUCUGCAUUUGCCAAAAGGGAAAGGAAGAGGACAAUAGAUCAGAUCAUGGACAGUACGACUACGGCAUCAGUGGCGGAUGCGGUGGAUGAACCAAUGGCAAUGGCACUAGAUUUGCCUGAUGAGGAGGGCGAUCAAGAUCAGGGAAAUACAAGAGAACAAGGAUGCCAGACGGACUGGGUACCGAUUGGGACAGCACCAACAGCAAUGACCAGUAGCAAGAGCACCCAAACAGGGAAAAUACAUCAUAGAUCAAAGGGACACCAGGUGACCCCAGAUAUCCUCGAGAGGGUUAGAGCUCGGCCGGCCAGGGUUAGUGAAGUCCCAUUGUCAAGUGUAGCAGCUCCAUCUGACAGCCCCGAGAUGCAGACUAACAUAGCAGCUCCAGGUGUGUCUGGAAUGCAAGCCAAGCUACGACCACCUCCUGCAUUGUUUGAUGAAGGACCAGCAUCAAGUCCCACUGCGCCUUUUGUUGGUGGUUCUUCCGAUGACAGCUAUGUGCCGAGUGAGUCAACGACAUCGGAUCCGUGUCAAUCUGACGGGUCGCCAGAUCGCCCAUGUACUCACCAGAUGCAUGAAGAGGGCUGCCACAAGGAACCGAAGUACAUCAUCUUUGAGUCGUGCCUCCAGAGUCUCGUCAAGUGGUGUCACUGUCCAGUCUGUGGCAGCCAGGACAUAAGCCCUUCUUGGGAUUCGAACGGUACACAGCUGACCAUGACUCUUCAAUGUGCAUCAUGUGACCAGAGGAGUAGUUGGAGCAGCCAGCCAAACAUUGGCCCUUAUGCCGCGGGCAACAUCCUGCUGUCUGCUGGCAUCCUCUUCGCUGGGGCAUCUUCUGGCAAGGUGUUGCAAGUGCUGAACAGCAUCGGAGUGGUCACGUAUGUGAAGAGGACAUUUUUCAACCACCAGGAGCUCAUCCUGCAGCCAGCCAUCAAAAAGGUGUGGGAGGAACAGCAACGGACGCACCUCACCAUGCUGCAGGUGGAAGGCCGACCCCUCGUCCUUGGUGGUGAUGGGCGAGCAGACAGUCCGGGACACAGCGCCAAGUUCGGUACCUACACCACAAUGGAGCUUGUGGCCAAUGUGGUUCUCGACCUUCAGGUUGUACAGAGCAACGAAUGUCUUGGCAGCUACCAUAUGGAGAUGGAAGGACUGAAGAGGAUGGUGGAACUGCUGAUCAGCUGGGACCUGGAUGUCGGGGUGCUGGUGACAGACAGACACAGACAGAUCGCUAAAUGGAUUCGUGAAAACAUGCCCAAUACACGGCACUGCUAUGACAUCUGGCAUGUUGCAAAAUCCAUCGGAAAGAAACUGAAGGCCAUCGCCAAGCAUAAGGACUGUGAAGACCUGAAGCCCUGGGUGCAAAGUAUAAUCAACCACCUCUACUGGGCAGCAGUGUCUACACCGCCUGGAGAGGGGGAACUUCUGGUUGCCAAGUGGAAGUCUGUGGAGCGACACAUUCAGAACAUCCACAAGGACCAUGGCGACCUCUUCCCAAUUUGUACUCAUGGACAACUGCAACGGCAAAAGAAAUGGCUCAAACAAAGUUCACGCUCAGCAGUGAAACUGGAGGAGGUGGUCAACAACAAGUCCCUGCUAAAAGAUAUCGCCAUGCUGUCGGGUGAACACCAGACUUCCAAGGUGGAGGCGUUCCAUAGCCUUGUCAUACAGUUCGCACCGAAAAUGUAUGUCUUCUCAUACAUCGGAAUGCUGUGCAGGAACCUGCUUGCUGGGCUGCACUGGAACGAAAAUUCGAGCCGCCCUAUAGCCACUACACAAGCGGGUGCUGAGCGCUAUGCAGUACGCUACCCGAAGUAUAAAGCAGGGGGCCAUGUGGUCAAGAAAAUCGCGACAGAGCCAACAUACCGCUACGUAGAUGACUUGAUCAGGGAGGUUGUUGCUGGCUGCAGACAGACCCCUGACGAGAGAACACCACUCAGCGUCACUGUGGAUGUGCCUCCCUUCCUCUGCGAUGAACUGGAGAAGCCAGACAAGGAGGAAGCCAUCGCCAAGCACAGGAGUCGCUUCGGUAAGUGUGAAAUGCCCUCCCGGUAACAGUUAGAGAUGCUACCUCAGUAGAAGCAUUUAAGUCCCAUCUUAAAACUCAUUUAUAUACUCUAGCCUUUAAAUAGACCCCCUUUUUAGACCAGUUGAUCUGCCGUUUCUUUUCUUUUCUCCUCUGCCCCCCCCCCACGUGGAGGGGUUAUUCCGGUGACCAUGGAUAAAGUGCUGGCUGUCCAGAGUUGGGACCCGGGGUAUACCGCUCGCCUGUGCAUCGGUUGGGGACAUCUGCGCUGCUGACCCGUCUCCGCUCGGGGUGGCCUCCUGCUGGCUCCACUGGACCCUCACUAAUAUGUUAGACCCACUCGACAUCCAUUGCUUUCGGUCUCCCCUAGAGGGGGGGGGUUACCCACAUAUGCGGUCCUCUCCAAGGUUUCUCAUAGUCAUUCACAUCGACGUCCUACUGGGGUGAGUUUUCCUUGCCCGUGUGUGGGCUCUGUACCGAGGAUGUCGUUGUGGCUUGUACAGCCCUUUGAGACAUUUGUGAUUUAGUGCUAUAUAAAUAAACAUUGAUUGAUUGACUGAU